UAAUUAGUUAUAUUUUACGCUUUUAGAAUAUAAGAAGUGAACUGUCAGUAUUUGAACAGUGUGAUGUUUCAAUAUAAAUCGUUAUGGGAUCCAAACUUUUCAAUUUUGAGUCUACUCCGGGAAGUUAUUUGAUUUUAAAUAUUAACUUUUAUUAUAGUAGUUUCAUAUCAAAUAGCAGAUAAUAUCACCUCAUUUCCAUAACAAGAAUACUUGAUAUGUACUUUUAUGCGGAUUUUGAAAUGAAUCUUAAACAUCUUCGUGUUUUUUGUCGCUUUUCAGAACACUUUCUUGCUGAAAUCUGAUACGCAAGAGUUGAAAUGUACAAAAUGUUUCAUAUUGCUUAACAGGUAAUUUUGUCUCUAUAAUUAAGUUUUUUUCGAAAAAAGGACGUCACAUUGGAUAUGCAGCAAUCUGGUUGGAUUUCAAUACACAGCUAAGAUAGGAACCAGCUUGAAAAAUAGUCCGUCACUUCCAUAUAUGGAACCGUGUUUGUCACUUAUAUAAUACGGAUGUUUCUGCGUAUUCGUGCUUCAGGAUUUAUGUGUAUUUUAGGGAGAACCUUACAGGUAUAUAAUAAAAUCAUUUGUUGAGAAAACAACCUUUUAGGCAAGAUUACACAUUUGUAAUAAAGAAACGUUUGGAGAUAGUAUUUCAUUUAUAGAGGACAGUUAUAUUGUUAUACAGGAAUGGGGUUAUAUGGCCUAGAUGUAAUUGCAUUAUUAGCGUUGGUGGCAUUUAACUUUUCACUUUCUACAGGGAAUUGGCAUCCAUCAAGGCAAAAGAAAUUCAAAGGCAGUCUUGAACCGAGAGAUCCGGAUGUAUGUGUAACACAGAACAUCACCUUUACCAGUACCCUUCUGGAAGACCCAGUCGAGAGCCAUUCAAUUGGCUUUGGUGUAAAAAAUACAAGUACAGACGGUACAUACGUUGCAAUAGACGAUGCAAGAGUACAAAUUAUCAACCAGACAACAGCUCAAUUCACCGUGAACAAUGUAACCUUUGACACCACGGAUGUUAGGACAUCCUAUUAUUUUCAUGUAAGAAGUUAUUAUUGGGAACACUUUGCCAGUUUAGAUGACAGCUUGAUGCUUGGAGAGACCUCUAUGGCACGAGUUUUUCCGCUGGUCGAUGUGAAAGACUUUGCAUGCAUAGUGCAUAACUACACGAACAUGAUGUGUUCUUGGAAUUAUGGGGACAACUAUGGUGAAAAUAUGCCUGAAGUAAUAUUUAAAUGGAGAAUUCCAGCACAUUCUGCAUCAUGGAAUGACUGUAACAAGCUAAAUGUUGAGGAUGGUUUCUGCCAAUGGGAGGACGGAUACUUUAAAGACUCGAACCUCACUAUCAGCAUAAUUUUAGUGCAUAAAUGUAGCAUAAAUGUCACAUCAAUUUUUUAUGAAGACACGACGAAAAUAGUGAAACCAAGUCCAGUCUCCAAUAUGUCAGCUACUGUGUAUAGCAGUAAGUGUGUCCAUGUGUCUUGGGAGACAUCAACAUUGUAUGAGUUCGAUCAGGAAAUUGUUGUUUCCAGUAAAUAUGACACACAAGAGAUAAAGUUCAACACUUUCCUGGGACGUAAUCGAACAAUCUGCACUCUACAUCCCUUCACAAUGUAUAAUUUCAGUGUAAGAGUAAGGCCAACAGGGAGGUAUGCGGGGUACUGGAGCGAGCCAAGGAAUGCCGAAGUUGUAACGUAUUCUGACGUACCUAGUGCGAGUCCUAGAACCGUUGAAGGGGGUUACUGGUUCAAUCGUAUGGAGUGUGAAGGAAUUAAUCUGACAAGACAUGUUUGUGUAUUUUGGACACAAAUCAAAAAGGAGGAAGAAAACGGUCCGAUGACAAGUGUCCAGGGUUUAUUCCGUAGCAAAGGGAAACAAAGACAAGUAGACUGGCCAAGCAACUCAACAUACGGGUGCUCUGAGUUGAUGUGCAACACAACCUAUGACGUCAUCAUCCAAGCCAAAAAUGUCAACGGUACUUCUAAACUAAGCUCAACCCUGAAAAUACCCAGCUACAGACGAGAUCUUGCACCUCCGCAGUUUAUAGUCGAGUCAAUCAAUAUGUCCGAUGUUUACAUCAGUUUGGAAAAGGAUCAAACUUUCACCGGCGGGUUCACGGUGGCUUGGUGCCGUAAUAAAAAUGGCCAAUGUGAACCAACUCAAGAGGUACGCUGGGAACGUGUAUUGUCUAACACUUCGCAAAUUAUCUUACCAAAUCAUUCGUCUGCGCACGAUUUUUUGUAUGGUGUAAGUGGGAGCACAGAGACCGGAAGAACUGGAGUUGUAUGGCAAGGCUGUGUGUACAAUGGGCAGGCUGUUCCAAAACGAGAACCUAAGAAUGUGCAGGUGUCGAGGGGAUCCGAGGAUAACACCUUGUUGGUCACGUGGGAUAAACUGUCAUGUGAAACUGAUGAACCGUAUAUUGCGCACUAUGACGUCAUAUAUUGCAAGCAAAAUGGCGAGAAUAAGAAAUCUAUGACCGUUUCGGCAUCCGGGGAAGCCAGGGUUGAACUAAUUGACCUAGAAAGUGAUCAAACAUAUCUUGUUACCGUGAGAGGUGUGACAAAAGAAGGCCAUUUCGGACCAGAGAGUCAAAUACAGCGAGGAGUUCCAGUCAAUAAAAGUUUAACCCCUUCUGAGAUAAUUGGUAUAGCUAUGGGGGUGUUAGUGUGCGUACUAUUUGCCGGCGUAGGAAUUUUCUGCGUUAUUGGGAGGUGUAAAACGAAAGCAAAAUUUGUGUUGAAAAGGGCAGCAGAAAUAACCAUUCCAGACAUACCUGAUGAAAACCUCAAUAUUAGGAGAGAAAACAGAAAUGGCGGUGCAUGUGCUAAGGGUAAUGUAUCAGAAGACCGAACGAAUAUGGAAAGAACAGAAAAUAAUAUUGGACUCCUUAUUAAUCAUCACCAUGAAAAUGAUCUGCCGCCAACAGAAACAACUGCACUUAAAUCGGCGCUUUCACCACUAACAUCUGAUAUGUCAAUUACUGAAAUGAUCCAUGACCAAACGCUCGAAUUAGAAAAUGAGCCAAGAGUACAUAUUGGAGAUUCCGUAGCUUUUUCUAAACCUCUUGAAGUUAUUGUUCGAAAUCCAAAUAGAGAAUUAUCUACAGAAAAUGGUUCCACAAAAGAUAGAAAAGAUAGAAGUUCUGAUUAUGUCAAAUGUAAUCAAGCAUCCCCCGAUUCAGACUCUGACAAAAUAAAAAAUAAAGCUGUCGAUAGAUGUGCAAUAGAUGAAAGCAAAUGCGAAAUAAGUGCACAUGAUUUUCCAAGAGAUGACUGUGGACUUCAGAAUGUAAAAAACGAUUCGUAUAUACAAUUAAAUGAUGCUAAAUUACCUAUUAAUUUUCAGAGUUCAUGGGAAAUAGAAAGUAGUGAAGGGUCUUCAUUCAUAGGAGAAGAUUUUAAUCAUCAAAUGAACUAUGGGAAAUGUAGUAGAGCCGAGAUGAAGGUCCCAUGUCCUAUUGAGGCUCAAAUACACGAAGAGGUUGCACUUGAAACAAAUGGAUAUGUGAUUCGUCCAACUGAAGCUCCGGUUUCAAUAAAGGAAACACUAGAAACUAAUGGAUAUGUGCUCCAUCCAAUCGAGGCUGCAGCUUCAAAAGAGGCUGCACAUGAAACAAAUGGGUACGUGCUUCACCCAGUCGAGGUUCCGGUUUCAAAAGAGGAUGCACUUGAAACGAAGCCAAUCAAGGCUCCAGAUUUAAAAGAGGUUGCACAUUUUACAAAUGGGUACGUGUUACAUCCAAUAGAGACUCCAGUUUCAAUAGAGCUUGCACAUGAACCAAAUGAUUACAUGUUUCAUAUAAUCGAUACUCCAAUUUUAAAAGAGGUUGCACGUGUUCCAAAUGGAUCCGUGUUUAGUCCAAUCGAGGCUCCAGUUUCAAAAGAGGUUACACAGGAACCAAGUGGGUACGUGUUACACCCAACCGAUACUCCGGUUUCAAAAGAGGUUGCACAUGAAACAAAUGGGUACGUGUUACAUCCAAUCGUGGCUCCAGUUUCAAAAGAGGUUGCACAUGAAACAAAUGGGUACGUGUUUCGUCCAAUCGAGGCUCCAGUUUCAAAAGGGGUUGCACAGGAACCGAGUGGGUAUAUGACACACUCAACCGAUACUCCAGUUUCAAAAGAGGUUGCACAUGAAACAAAUGGUUACGUGUUACAUCCAGUCGAGGCUCCAGUUUUAAAAGAGGUUGCACAUGAAACAAAUGGGUACGUGUUUCGUUCAAUCAAGGCUCCAGUUUCAAAAGGGGUUGAACAGGAACCAAGUGGGUACGUUUUACACCCAACCGGUACUCCAGUUUCAAAAGAGGUUGCACAUGAAACAAAUGGGUACCUGUUUCGUCCAAUCAAGGCUCCAGUUUCAAAAGAGGUUGUACAUGAAGCAAAUGAUUACAUGUUUCAUAAGAUCGAUACUCCAGUUUCAAAAGAGGUUAAACGGGAAACAAAUGGGUCCGUUUUACAUCCUAUUGAUUGUUCAGUUUUAAAUGGGGUUGCAAGUGAAACAUACGAGUGUGUGCCUCACUCAAACACUUUCACUGAUUUCACGUUAUCUAGCGAAGAUGAAAACUAUGUCCCGCAUGACGUGAUUGGACAGGUCAAUGAUAAUAAAGGAACGUCGACUACUGGUAGCAAAACAUCAGUGUCUUGUGUAAAUGAUGCGAACAUCAAUUUAGGCGAUGUUUUUUCAACAGAAAUAAUGGGAACGGCCAGAAAUUGUGAACAGGUGGGAUACAACGUUCAGUUGGAGGUUUGUCAUUUAGGUAAAGACAAGGAGUGUUGUUCAAAUCAGGAGACGGCGUCGAAUGAUUCAGACGGUUAUGUGCAUCAUUCUGUGGCAUGUUCUCGGAAAUUUUGCAAGUAGAAAUACAUGUAUGGAGAUGGUCAAUGAUAAAGGAAGCUUAUCUUGACUUCAUUACCUUAAUAACUGCACCAUUAAUCAAUCAACCAACCAUUCAUACACAAAACCAACAAUUCAUUCAACCACUAAAUUAGGCAACCCGCGAACGAACGUUCGAAUGAACCAACCAACCAACAGUAAAUUAAUCAAUACGUCAAUCAAUUGAUUAAUUAACCAUUCAAUCACUCAACUAACAAACCAAUAAGUCAUUCAAUCAAUCAAUCAAUCAAUCAGUCAGUCAAUCAAUCAAUCAAUUAGCCAUUCAACUAAUUACUCACCAAUAAUAACUAACCAAUCAAUCAAUAGUCUGUCAGUCAGUUUGUCAAUCAAUCAAUCAAUCAAUAAUUUUGUUUUCAUUAUUGCUUUAAAAAUGUGUCCAUCGGAUCUAUUGAACAGGAAAUUUUUAGAGGCACAUUUUGUCAACUUGAGGCUGUGAAUAUAUCCAUUCUCCGACGUUUAUUCAUAUUCUAUUCAAGAGGAGAAGUUGUUAGUUAUAGAACUUGUGAUAAUACGUAAUUUAUACUUUUUAGAUUAUAUCGGAAAACUUCGGAGUUUAUUGUAUGCUUGUAUAUGACUGAAAAAUAUUAUAAACUGACAAAUGUGAUGAUACAUUUUAAUCUUUACAUUUGAUCAAAAACGAUUUGCAUAGCUAGUAAAUUCUUAAACACUCAAUAUUUGUUAUCAU